UUUAAAUUACAACUGCCACCCACACACAUUCUUAUCAAGCUGUUCCGUUUCCUUUAAAGAUUAAUUGUUGGAUGUCUGGGAUUUCUGUGUGCAUAGUAGGCCUACAGACAAACACUUAAAUACACACGUAUUGAAGCUUAAGAAUUCAUCUAUGCCGAUUAGUAAAUGGAUCAGGAGGUUUUUGUUAAGGCUCAUCAGGGAUCCACCAUUCCUGCUAGCUACACUGUUGAUGUGUGUUACUGCUGGCCCUUUCAUCAUACUGGGCUUCUUCAUAGAAACUCCAAAUUGGAGUUAUUGGUUUGAGGGACUUUAUUUCAUUUUGGAGGUAUUACCAGAGACGGUUGAUAAAGCAUUUUUUCCAUUACUCAGUCCUUCUGAAAUUGGUAUAACGUUAGUGGCGCUAGGCUUUGUCUGCACUGUGGCUAAAACUGGUGUGGACCGUCCACUGGCCAUUCUAAAACAGAGGUUGCUUGGAGUUCACUCUAAGUUUGACUCAUUUGCGUGGGACGUUGAGUUUGCCUUGUGGCAAGAGAAGUUCAAAGUCAUUGGUACAAGCUGCGCCAAAAAAAUGAGAAGAAAGUAUGACUUUUUGGAGAAAAGGGAAAAACUUAAGAAGGGGCCUUACGAUGAACAGAAGGAAUUGGCCAAGCGCUUCUAUGAUGGCAGAAUGAAAUACUUUGGGUAUCAAAACUACCUACAUUUCUUACUAAAAAACGGGGAAGAACUGGCACAACAUCUCAGGGCGUCGGUGUCGGAGCAGUACCCGGCAGGUGACCCACUGCUCAUUGAAGAAAUAGCUCUGGCCCGAAUGAUAUUGAAACAGGAGACCAGAAAGCUGGACGAGCAGCUGAAGGACGGGACCUGGGGCUGAAAUGGACUCUUCUUUCCCCCCCUCUGAAUCACAUGACCAGUUUUGCACUCUUAAAUAGUUUUCUAUGUAUGUGUUAGAUGUGCAUAUUUUUUUAAAUGAUCUCGUUACAUACUGCAAAUUCUCAACUUAGCGAAGCAGAACGGUGAAGUUACAGCACUUAGGCUAAGCAAUGUGGAAUGACCAAUUACCCCAGAUGUGUCAUGUCCUGUGGUGUUCUGCAUUAUAAAACGUUCUACGAAUA